AUGUCCCUAAUUGACGAACAAUCCGAACCAAAUCUAACAUCAACAGAUCCACUUCUGCAUGUACCAUCGUUAACUAACGAAAAUCUAACAAAACAAUCUAAUUGGAUAACUCGUUUUUCCGGUAUUUUAUAUUCAUUACUUUCAUCAUUUAUUUUUGUUUCUGGAACAUUCACUAUAAAACUAUUGGGUGUUGAUUUACUUGAUGCAUUAUUAGUACGUUUUUUUGUACAAACAAUCAUCGUAUUGUCGUUUGUUUUAAAUAAACAUUAUACAUUACUUGGUGGUACAAUAUGGCAAAUAUGCCUACAAAUUAUUUGUUCUGGUACCGGUGCCCUCGGAUUUGUUUUAUUUUGUCUUGCUGUACGUUAUAUUGAAUUAUCUGAUAUUAAUACAUUAAGUUAUACACGAGUAGUAUGGACAGUUGUUCUUAGUGUUAUUGUCUAUCGUGAACGACCAUCAACAGGUACAUUAAUAGCUUUACCAUUAACUCUACUUGGUGUUAUUUUUGUUACUCAACCAAAUUUUCUUUUUACAUCAAAACCGACGUUAGUUAAAAAUAUUGAUGAUAAAUUUCGUAUACUUGGUUAUGCAAUGGCUUUAGGUGCUGCUUUAACAUCAGCAAUUAAUGUUUUAUUAUUUAAACAACUUAUAUCAACAUCAACAGAUAUUAAAACAAGUGUAUUAAAUUUUCAAUUUGCAUUAGCUAUGUUAGUUAUACUUAUUCUUAAUCAAUUCUAUAAAAUAUUUUAUAUUCAACUAACUAUUUCAUGGAUUUCUUUUUUAUCUUGGCGUUUUUUAUUAGCAGCAGUUGUUUGUGUUCUGACAAUUUCUGCAGGUAUAUUUACACAAAAAAGUAUUAAACGUGAACAUCCAGCUGUUUAUUCAUUACUUGGUUCAGCAGAUAUUAUCUUUGCAUUAUUGUUACAAAAUAUUUUUACAUCAGUACAAUCAAAUUUCUAUGCAUUAAUUGGUUCAGCUCUUGUUAUAUGUAGUGUUGUUGUACUUGGAAUAUCAAGAAUUAUUACUGAACGAAAUAUACAAAAGAAAAUAAAAGAAAAUGUGAAUAAAAAUAAUGAAAUAUGUUAA